CUUAUAAUAGUAUAUUGAAAAAUAGUAAAUGGAGACAUAUGAAGAAGACCUCAUGGUCUUUGAGACUGUUGCCCUUAAGGAAGCCCUACAUGAACUCCUAUUACACAUGAGGUGUAGCCAGGAAGGAUGUAAAGAAGUUGCCAAACUUAUGUACAAAAAUACCGAGCACGAUAAAGACUUACGAUGUGGAGAAGAUUUUGCACUCGCAGAUUGUUCCAAGGAUUAUAAACCCCUUGAUGAUUAUUGGCCAGAAAUUGAAGAGAAAGUUGAUAAUUUGCAGCAUUUGAUUAGACAAACCCAGGUCCUACUCUCUGCAAUGGGUGAUCAGUACUAUGUUACCAAGUUCUCGGAGAAAGAAAGGAAGGGAAUAGACCUUAUCACCAGGAGACUCCAUAGAUGGGUCUCGAUGUUCCCGAUUAAAAUUUACGGGCUAAAGAAUGACUCUAACUUUGAUGUGUUUAUUGAAAUGCAUAAGGAAUCUAAAAGUGUAGAAUCUGAUACAACAAAAUUAAAUCAGAUUGUUGGUCCAUUGUUAGCUCUGAUUUAUUCAACGUCUGUUCUCAAGCAAAUCAGCUCUUUUGAAUGUGAUAAAACAGAUGAUCUCGAAGGGUCUAUGGCUAAUCUGGAAGAGAACAAGCAAGAAAUAUUCCAAAAAUCAAAUGGUCCUCUUCUUCUUGAAGCCAAAAGAGUUUCUGAAUUGGAAAGCAAAUUCAGCUAUGACAAUUCUGAAAUGUCAGAAGUCAGAGAGGAAAGAACUGCUUUCCAUCUCAAAGAUGUUGAAGAAGAAAAGGAGUUAAGAGACCCUACUGAGAAAACAUUGCUUACAGAUAUAGCACGCACUGAAGAAUCUAAAGAAAUGAGCAACUCAAUUGUAACCGUGUUCGCUGCCACUUUUGAUGACAUCUCUAAUUGUAGUGUCAACUAUAAAGAUCUCAUUGAUUUCAUGCAUGAUAUCAGAGAUUCGAAUCUAGAGCUUCGAGAAGAAAUUGAUAAUUAUAUGGAAAAGAAUGACCUCAAACCAAGUCAGGAGUAUGAGAACAAUAGAGUUGUUCCUGACAUUAAGGAAGUCACUGAAAUAAUUAGGAGCACGAAGAUUGAUAAGAACUGUGAAUUGAAUACCAAGUUCAAGCUGGUAUUAGAUCUGAGGAGGAACAAAAAGCCUUGAAGAAACUUUAUGAGAGAAGUCAAGGAGUUUCAAAUGCCAAAGAUUCAUUCUUUAACUGUAAAGAAUAUUCAUAGAAUUGAGCCAAAUGACUUCAAUGACUACCAAGUAUUUAUGAGGCAUACAAUGGCUUCAGAUAUCAGAGAGUUUUUCUUUCACACUGGAAAUGAUAUUGCUUUGGCUCAAUUUAAUCACUCUAUCUCGAAUAUCUUAACUCUUGUCAACUAUCAAGCUUUGUUCAGUAACUUUAUCUUAACAAACGAAGACCUCGUUAAUAUUUUCAUAAACCUUGUCAAGUCCAAACACUUGGAAUUUGAUGGCUGAAAUUUUGAAAUGGUAACCGAGGAUUUGAAUUUAACUCAAGUGUGAGAUUCCCGUCUCGAGAGUAUAACUAUCCGUAUCACUAACAAGAAAGGAACAGAAGAAAAAGUAAUGCAGUUCCUGAGGAUUCUGUGCUUAAGCUUGAAGAAAACUCCAGUGCGAGCUAGCCUUAAUGUACUGUAUAUUCCUAAAUUCCUUAACAUCAGCGAAGUCAAGACCUUGUUCAAGGAUAAUAGGUAUAGGUUGAAGGAUAUCCAAUGAAAUACUUAACUAAAUCUGC